GAAAAGAUCACUGUGAAUUUAACAGUUCAACCUUUAGCUUUGAUUAAGCGCAACGUUGAAACAAUUUAAAAUGUUGGCACUAGUUAUUCCUAUUCAAAAACUACUAACGCUAAUAUUUACGAUUGUGGGUUGUGAAAUAUUUUAUUUUUUAUAUAAAAGUGUAAAAGUUACUCAAACAAUUGUCAAGAUGAGCGCGUUCAUGAAGUAUAUAAAACAAGAAACGCACGUUGGGAUGCUUGGUUUGGAACACGCGAAACCAUCUGACUUUUACCUAAGCGCUUGGCAGACAACGCGGUCGCCCGUGCCACUUUUAAUUUGGCGGACUUUACUCUUCCUCACUUCGCUUAGCACAGUGAUAUCUUCGAUGACUUUUUAUGUAAUGAACGACAAAUUCGGUUACUGGUUCAUUUAUCUCACACAUUGGGGCCUCACGAUCAACACUCUGGCGACGGGUUUUGCAACUGCUGUUUCUGCACGUUGCUACUUCUACGGACCAAUUAGCGCUGAAUUCAAACUACCGUGGUAUGUCAAGGUUUCCUGGGUACUCUACAACAUUGCCGUACCACUCGCAUUCCUGAUCACAAUUUUCUAUUGGUCUUUACUUUUUGAGGCUGGAAUUGAAGAAGAGUUAAACCACGCCUUGGAUGUGGCCAUCCACGGUAUCAACUCCUUGGUAAUGUUCAUGUUGAUGUCGAGCUCUUUGCACCCAAGUCGCUUACUACACAUUUAUCAACCCUUAACCUUCUCCGUGGUUUAUGUCACCUUCGGGAUUAUAUACUACUUCGCUGGUGGGGUUGAACAAGAAGGAAACCCUUGGAUUUAUCCGGUAGUGAAUUGGGCCAACCCUGGACCCACUGUCGGGGUUGUGGCUUUGACUGGACUACUUCUGGUCAUAUUGCACUCAGUAACAGUGGCGUUUUCCGUUGGCCGAGACAAACUCUCUAAAAAGUUCCUUAAUGCCACAUCACCAAACGUACCUGAGGAGGUGCCUCUGCGGCAGCCUACACUAACUCCAACAGCAACAGUACAACUAAAUGACAGCUGAUUGAUUCAAAAAGAUAAAGAAACAAAACCAAUGUAGACGGCGAAAUUAGCUGUUAUUGAAAAACGAAUAUCGGUCACUGAGACCCGCUUGAUAUUUGAAGUUAACACUUUUUCGCUCGAAAAUACAGUAGCGUUUUUAGCGUAUAUCUAUACUAAUAUUAUAAAAAGGAAAGAUUUGUUUGUUUGUAUUGAAUAGGCUCCGAAACUAUUGUAUCGAUUUCAAAAAUUCUUUCACUGUUUGGAAGCUACACUAUUCCCGAGUGACAUAUGCUAUAAUCUUUUUAAAAAAAAAAUAGGGAUCCUUACUAAAACUCCAAUGACCCAAGGUGUAAAAAAAAAUACCUAAAAUAUUCUUUACAUCGCGUGCCCUGCGAAAACUAUUGAUGAUAGAAUAAAAUAAUGUACUACGACUUUGUAGAACACAUUACUUUUCACAAAAAGUGUCGCGACAGCAUAUGUCUAACUAUUACAGUUAUGCCGCAAUAAGUGUUCUUUCAUUUAAAAAGAAAUAAAACCGUUGAAAUUUUUGUUAAAGACCCGAGCGGAACCGGAGCGGGCCGCUGGUUGAUAAAUAAACUUAGUAAAACUAAUUUAUAUAAAUUACAAGACACUGUCGAAUUGGUUGUAUAAAAUCAAUGCAGUGUUCAAGUUUCAUAGGAUUAAGAUAAAACUAAUGGCUUAAUGAAAACUUAGACUAAUUUUGUUGAUUCUAUGAGUGUGUGUGUAUGACUGGAUGUACAAAUAAUAGUAUUAAGAUUUUGCUGCAAAAACAUAAAAUAAAAUGUUGUUACCAAA